GAGAUUUUCGCCCAGAAAUCCCAAAUUCGCGUCGUUUCGCAGUCGCAGAUGAACAGAAUCCGUCACGUUUGUCGCUGAACACCUAAAAAGGGAAGUCAUCUCUUACUCAACUUCGGCUCUUGUUUUUGCUUUAAACCCAGGGGGAGAGGGAGGAUUUCGGACUGUUUCACUUGUUAAAACUUCCCCUACCAAGCUGCAGACCUGAAGCGCGCACUAGGAACCAUGGGUUGUACUGUGAGUCAGGAAGAUAAAGCCGCGGCCGAGAGGUCCAAAAUGAUUGACAAAAACCUGCGAGAAGAUGGAGAGAAGGCGGCGAGAGAAGUGAAACUGCUGCUGCUGGGUGCUGGCGAGUCGGGGAAGAGCACCAUUGUGAAGCAGAUGAAGAUUAUUCAUGAAGAUGGGUAUUCAGAAGAAGAGUGUAAGCAGUACCGAGCAGUGGUCUACAGCAACACAAUCCAGUCCAUGAUGGCCAUCGUCAAAGCCAUGAGCAACCUGAAGAUCGACUAUGAGGACAGUUCUAGAAUGGACGAUGCUCGCCAGCUGUUUUUACUGUCUGUAGAUGCAGAGGAGCAGGGCAGCCUGCCAGAAGACCUGUCCAAACUCAUCCAGCGGCUGUGGGAAGACGGCGGCGUCCAGAGCUGCUUCACACGGGCCCGGGAGUAUCAGCUCAACGACUCCGCAGCCUACUACCUUAACGACCUGGAGAGAAUAGCCAAGUCAGACUACAUCCCCACACAGCAGGACGUUCUGCGGACCCGGGUGAAGACCACAGGCAUCGUGGAAACGCAUUUCACCUUCAAGGACCUGCAUUUCAAGAUGUUCGACGUCGGCGGCCAGCGGUCGGAGAGGAAGAAGUGGAUCCACUGCUUCGAGGGUGUCACAGCUAUCAUCUUCUGCGUCGCGCUGAGCGCCUAUGACCUGGUGCUGGCGGAAGACGAGGAGAUGAACCGGAUGCACGAGAGCAUGAAGCUGUUCGACUCCAUCUGCAACAACAAGUGGUUCACGGAGACGUCCAUCAUCCUGUUCCUCAACAAGAUGGACCUGUUUGAGAAGAAGAUUGAGCACAGCCCCCUGUCCAUCUGCUUCCCUGAGUACACUGGCCUCAACAAUUACAAAGAGGCUGCAGCUUACAUCCAGAGCAAAUUCGAGGACCUGAACAAGAAAAAGGACACCAAGGAGAUCUACACCCACUUCACCUGCGCCACUGACACCGAGAAUGUGCAGUUUGUGUUCGACGCGGUCACCGACGUCAUCAUCAAGAACAACCUGAAGGACUGCGGCCUCUUCUGAGAAGCCGAUCCAAAGAAGAAUCAAGAUUACUUGAACAGUUCUGAUGACCAUGACGGGGGCGUUUAUACACACACCACGAAUAACUGCACUGUCCAUAAACGAUUUCUGCUUCAAUCUGCUUUUUAUUUUUGUUAUUCUAAAGACACCUAAGAGACAGAAAACCCAACGGGCCUUCCAGAUGUUCCAACGAUUGCCGAUCCUGCCGCUCAACUGUUUGGGCUUUGACCGCAAAAAUAAACAAUUAUUUUA